AUGUCGGAAGAUGCAGAGAGACAACCCUUACUCCGAGACGUUAAUCAAGGAUUGAGGAGUUCCGAGCCCUCGAACCGAUUCCACAAAUCGUCCAGGAAUAGAGUUACUGCGGGAAUUAUAGCAUUCAUUGUGCUAUUAACUACUACCAUAUUUCUGGGUCUUAUAUAUGUUAAAUCUGUGCUUCCAGAUGAUGUUUCAUUUAAGGAGCAUAUUGGAGAUAUCACAAAUGUUGAAAUCAAUGAUAUUUCAUUUAACGGAUGGACAUACAUUGACGAGAAGCGGUACUACAAACUUGGAGUAAAAUCCUCGGUGUGGUUAGAUUAUGAAGCUGGAUCAGCCGUAUCGGAACGACAAAAGAAGCUUAUCUCUUUUGCCGGGACUAGGAUUAUGAAGGAACUGUGUUUCGAUUUGAACAGUUUAGACACUUUCAAGCAAGAAAACGACACCGACGUCGUUUCAUUGGGAAAAAUUAUUAUACCCAACACUACAUGUAUUAACAUUCAGCAAAAUAGUACCACUGACUUGGAUCUGUUAGUAUUAGUGAAGCCCAACACAGAGCAGUUGAUUCCAAUUUUGAAACAAAUUUGGGAGAAGAAGUACGAUGGACUUAACUUAUGGAGUAGUAUGGAUCUGAAGUUGAAAAAGAGAGUUUUCUCACACGAAAUUGUUUUAUUGAGUAUAAACAAAGCAAAGUUGUAUUGGAGAGAUUUCGGUUUAUGGAAAAGUGUGAUUGAUACACUUAGGCAUCUCUCAGCCGAAAUUUAUGACACAAUUGAAAGAAUUGAAAUAAACAAUAUAAACUUGAAGGAAAUAGAAGAUGGAUAUGAUAUUUCCUGUUCUAUCGGAGUUCCAAACCCUCUAAGCAGUACCUGCAAUAAAUUAGGCCCCGGACUCCUAAUAUCUCCUGGCAUGCAAUGGCAAACAACUUUCCCAGGAUGUCGUAAUGAAAAUGGGAUUAAGCUUGAUAAUGUAGUUGUGCACAGCCCUGAGUUGACCUCAGAGUCAGUAUCCAAACCAUUCAUCAAUAUAACCUUAGAUAGUACACUGAUAGGUGAGCUACCAAACGAAUUUCUUAAUCAUGUAUGCGCAUCAGAUGAUUCUAACGUUAUAACACCACUGUCAAAAUUGAUCAAACAACUACUCGAUCCCAAAUACCUCAUUAAUUUAGAAGUUACUUGCACUGCUGUGGAUAGCAAAAAUUAUCCAAAUACUUUACUUGAAGAUUAUACUGCCUUACUUCCAUACCUUUUUACACCGCUUUCGGUAAACUAUACAGUUGAUGUGAACAAUAUAGUCCAAGAAGUAGGUACUAGAGGUAUCAAGCUACAAUGGUCCACUGAUCUACUUGGUCGGAAAAGGCUGAAUGUCAAGGGUAAGAUUGUAGCUAAAGUUCAAAUACCGUUUUACCAGUUGAAACAAGAUACGACAUUCUCGAUGCAAAGAAUUAAAGGACGAACAAAAUUGUAUCACAAUGAUGUUCAUAUGCUAACUGUACCAUUGGAUUCCUGGACGAAAUGUAUCAGCAAUGUUGUGAUCGAUGAGGAUAAGCCUGAAAAAUCGUACUUCGAUGUCUCAUUUGACAUAGAUAACGACCAAGUUAUUAUAGCAGAUACUCUAGCACUCACUCAUUGCAUAAACGAAGUAGUGUUUAAAGGGGAAUCAACAAUUUUUUUGAAGGGGAAACUUGAUUUGAUGGUCGCAACAAGUAUUGGAGAUAUUGUUCUAUUAGCUCUUCCAGGUGAGGGCUCAGCAGUCGUUCGACCAUAG